AUGAUGAACAACUUACUUGAAGAAGCAAAUAAUUCUUAUGUCAACAAUAUAGAUCUUGGGCCACAGGAAAAGAACACUGCCAUUGUGAGAGCACGCAACAUGGAAAAAGUACAUAAUGGUUCAAGCAUGGCCUCUUCUGUGAAGGAAAAGAAAGAUAACAAUACUCCUUGCCCUUUAAGGGACAAUCAAGGAGUUCACUCAGGUGAAGAGACAUUUCCAAACUUGUCAUCAGCGUGGCCUAAAACGGAUUUUAGUUCUUCUGUGGAUGAUAAACUGGACAUGCAACAGAGUGAGGGAAAAGAACACUCAAAGGGGGAUCCAAAGGGGGAUCCAAAUGGGCAUCCAAAGGGGCACUUAAAUGGACAGCCAAAUGGACAGCCAAGUGACCAGCCAAGUGACCAGCCAAGUGACCAGCCAAGUGACCAGCCGAGUGACCAGCCAAAUGACCAGCCAAGUGACCAGCCGAGUGACGAGCGAAACAGGGCCCUGACCGACGAGGUCUAUGUGAAGAGAAUCAUAAACAUCGAAAUAACAGAAGAAAUAAAAAACUUCAUCAGGACAUUCUCAAAAAAGAGAGAACAUAUUAUAAAAUGGUGUUCCCAGAACAGGGAGUUUUAUGCCAGUAAAAUAAAUGAAAAAACUGCUAACAUGAUUUUUCAAAAAUCUAAAAAUAUGGAUAUACUUUUAAAUGAGAAAAGCAUAAACAUUGAUCUUCUGAAUGUUCUGAUGUUUUUCUACAAUUUAUAUUGUACGCAUAACAAUUUGGAAAAAAUAAACGUUCAUAAUAUUAUGCACAGUUCAUCCAUAACAUACAGAGGCAUAUAUGAAAAUAUAAACAAAAAUAGCAAAUCUUUUAAAAAUUUACUCAAGGAAGAAAAGGCAUAUAAAAAAUUGGUUGGCAAUACAAACAACAUAAAUGACUUUUUUUCAAAUUAUAAGAAGACCUAUCCGUAUGGUAUAAAUUUAAUUAUUGGAAUAUUCUUAACCUUCUUGUGUGGGUACUAUGGGAGCCUCAUAUUAGGAUUCACCAAAUUCACCACGCGGCUAAUAUGUGGAAUUUUAUUUUCAUAUGUCACUCUCAUCCUUGAAGUUAUCAUAUUUAUAAUUAUAAACGAAAAGGUAGAGAACUUAAAGAGGAACCAGAAGAGCUCGAAUGGGAACUACGGUUUAUAUGAAAAGGUGUACAUUAAGAAAGAAUCACCUGACUAUGUACAGGCACAAGGAAUGGAAGAACUUAAAUCAUCAAGCAAGGAACAGGCACAUGGAAUGGAAGAACUUAAAUCAUCAAGCAAGGAACAGACAGAAGAAAUGAAAGAGGUGGUUAAGCACCCCACGCUCAAGCAGAGAAAGAAAGUUUAG